GUUUUGCUUCCGCCACCGGCUUCCAUUCAUGGUCAUCCCGCCUUAUCUAGUUUCCUCUUCCUCCCCGAAUGGUCAGUCAGCGAUGGCAACUUUUUUCCUCUUUCCUCCUCUCUCAGCAAUUAAUACUACGAAGGGCGACGAUCCUUCAAUAGCCAGCUUUCACCUCUUCUCGCCGUCUUCUCCAUCCCGUAUCACCAUUCUUCCCUCUAACGGUUUCUCUCUUUCCUCCAGAGCUUCUCCUUCUCGCCCCUUCUUCAUCUGCCACUCCUCGAAGAAGAAAGAAACCAGUUUUACAGAUCGCAUUCUUGACUACAUCGAAGGUGGACCCAAGUUGCGGAAGUGGUAUGGGGCAUCAAAUAUCCUCCCAAAGGAUGGCGGGCUUAAGGAGGAGAAUGAUGAAUCUUAUGAAAUUGAAGAAGCUCGUGAUGCAGUGUUGGUUACAAAUGGCGAAAGUGAAAUUGGUCAGAUGGUAAUCUUAUUGCUGAUCGUCAAGCGGGCUCGAAUAAAAGCCUUGGUCAAGGAUAAAAAGGCUUCUGUUGAUGCUUUCGGAACAUAUGUUGAGGCACUGGUUGGAGACUUAAGUAACAUGGCAUUCCUAUCAAAGGCCUUGAGGGGUGUUCGUGCUAUAAUUUGCCCCGCAAAUAUUAUAAUGGCAUAUUUGCAGGAUGGUUUUUUCAGUGUUGUUGGGCUUAUGAAAGGUAUAGAGCAUGUUAUUCUUUUAUCACAGUUGGAUGCUUAUAAAGGUUCUGGGAUAUUUCAAGCCAUCAUAAACAAGAGGUUGAGGAAGUAUGCAGAGAGGGAUGAGGAGGUGGUUAUUACUUCUGGGAUCCCUUACACUAUAGUAAAGGCUGGAUUGCUUCAGGAUGUCCACAGUGGCGAGCAAGGUUUCUGCUUCGAUGAGGGUGUAGCAUCAAGAGGAAGACUUGACAGAGAAGUUGCUGCUCGUAUUUGUGUGGAGGCACUUGAUGUAGUUCCAACGAAAGGCUUGAUAUUUGAGGCUUGGACAUUGGGCAGGUCAGCUUCCUACUCACAGAUUCAGAAAAGCAGUGGUAAACGGAGAUGAGAAGGUUGAGGAUUGGAAAGAAUGGUUUGCUGCAAAGAUUAGGAAUGCUGAAGAGCUGCAAUGAUCAUCUCUAUACUGUUCAUUCCUUGGUUCUUUGUGUCUCUUAGUUUGAAUCUUUUCAAUUAUUACAAUUGAAAGAACAAUAUCCCUCAAAUUGUCUUGAAGGAUGUUUAGCUUGUUAUUAUUAUUAUUUUUAUUUCAUGACCUGCAGAGCUUGAUUUUUUAUUGAUAUAACUUGACGAUUACAGCUA